UUUUCAAUUUUCUUCUUCGAGUAAUUAAUCGGUAGUCAAAACAGUACAAUCGAAGGAUGUCGGUAAGGCCAUGGAAUUGAACAGACAGCGGCACUGCCAGAUUUGAGAGACAGAGACGUGCGAAUUAACUGUUUCUAUCUAUUUGUUUAUUCAAAAUCAAGUGAAGAUUCAGACCAAUUCUUUUCUCUUGGCUCAACGCGGUUCUGGGUUUUGCUUGAAUCUCUGUUCUAUUUGUUGGGGGUUUGGUUUUGAUUAUGGAGAUUGCAAGACUUGCCGUAGUGAGCUUCUUGCUGGUGAUUUCGUUGUUGUCAACUGGGGAUUGCAAUUUGGUGUUCAAUGUUCAUCACAAGUUCAAGGGCCGCGAGAGGUCCUUGGAAGCGUUCAAAGCCCACGAUGUUCUCCGUCGCGGUAGAUUUCUUUCUGCUAUUGAUCUCAACUUGGGCGGCAACGGACACCCUUCUGAAUCUGGGCUGUAUUUCGCUAAAAUCGGGCUUGGGACACCAGCAAAGGACUAUUAUGUACAAGUGGAUACAGGAAGUGACCUCCUAUGGGUCAAUUGUGCAGGCUGUACGAACUGUCCCAGGAAAAGUGAUCUUGGUAUAGAAUUGACACUAUACAAUCCAUCGAGCUCUAGUACUUCAAACUUGGUAACUUGUGGUCAAGAUUUUUGCACUUCCACAUACGACGGUCCGAUUCCUGGCUGUAGGCCUGAACUACUCUGUGAAUAUAAAGUUGCAUAUGGAGAUGGAAGCUCAACUACAGGAUAUUUCGUGAAGGAUCAUGUAGUACUCGAUCGAGUGACGGGAAAUUUUAAAACUGAAUCUACAAAUGGGAGUAUAGUAUUUGGUUGUGGCGCUCAACAAUCUGUCCAACUAGGUGCAACAUCUGCAGCACUUGAUGGGAUACUUGGUUUCGGACAAGCAAAUUCAUCCAUGAUUUCGCAGCUGGCUUCAUCAGGAAAAAUUAAAAGAAUUUUUGCACAUUGCUUGGAUAAUAUUAAUGGAGGUGGAAUUUUUGCCAUUGGGGAAGUGGUGCAGCCAAAAGUUCGCACCACUCCAUUAGUACAGCAACAGGCACAUUACAAUGUGUUUAUGAAGGCAAUUGAGGUUGGCGAUGAAGUGCUGAAUCUCCCCACGGAUGUUUUCGACACUGAUUUAAGGAAAGGAACAAUUAUCGACAGUGGCACGACGUUGGCUUAUUUACCAGAUGUGAUUUAUGAACCAUUGAUAGCAAAGAUUUUUGCAAGGCAGACUGGAUUGAAGUUGCAUACUGUUGAAGAACAGUUCACCUGCUUCGAAUACGACGGAAAUGUUGACGAUGGAUUUCCUACUAUUACAUUUCAUUUCGAAGAUUCGUUAUCUUUGACUGUUCAUCCUCACGAGUAUCUAUUUGAUAUUGCGAGUAAUAAAUGGUGCGUCGGUUGGCAGAACAGUGGUGCCCAAUCUAGAGAUGGAAAGGAUAUGAUUCUGUUGGGAGAUUUGGUGCUUCAAAAUAGACUCGUACUCUACGACUUGGAAAAUCAGACCAUCGGCUGGACGGAGUAUAAUUGCUCUUCAAGCAUUAAGGUGAGGGAUGAACACAGUGGAGCCAUAUACACAGUGGGGCCUCAUAACCUUUACUCAGCUUCUUCUGUAAGAGUUGGAACAAUAUCAUCAAUGCUGCUGUCAAUACUACUACUGCUUACUGUUCUUCAUUCUUUUACAAAUUAAAAGGGAUUCUUUUCAAACUCAUAUCAAUUUUUUCAAUGUACAUAUUGUGCUCUGCUGCCCAUUUCAUUCUUUUUCAUUAUUCACUUCCUUCUUUAUCAUCAUCCAUUUGGAAGUACUGAAGGAUUCUUUGGGCGUUGUCAAAAACUUGUAUUGUUCUCAUUGAUAUUCAUAACUUCAACGAUCUUUCCUUUAACAUUUGCUUAUUGGCCUCAAUUUUAAUCGUAAUCGUAUAGAAACAAUAUUGUAAUGUUUAUUGGUGUAUUAUUGA